AUGUUCAAGUCCAACGAAGGAGAAUCUUCUGGCAGGCGCAUGGAGGAAAUUUUCCUAACCAUUCUGGAGCAGAACAAGCAACUUUCUGACCAAAACCGACGGAUGAUGGCCCUAAUGGAAAGUUUCAACAACCAAGAAGCACCCAAUCGGGCAACGAACAAUCCGGAGCUGGUUCUAGAAUCCCUUGCAUCCAACAUCAAGGAAUUCCACUAUGAUCCAGAGAACGGACACACUUUCGAUCGCUGGUUUCAAAAGUAUGAAGACCUGUUUCUCCAGGAUGGUGCAAAGCUCGAGGAUGCGGCAAAGGUGCGACUUUUAUUGCGAAGUUUACACGUAGGUGUCCACGACAGGUACCUGAAUUUCCUGCUUCCGAAUCAUCCACGUGAUUUUCAAUUCCACGAAACCGUUCAAAAGUUGAAGCAACUCUUUGGUACACGUGUUUCAUUGUUCAGCAAACGGUAUCAAUGCUUCCAGCUCACCAAACAGGUUGACGAAGAUUUCGUAACCUAUGCUGGAACCGUUAACAAGCGAUGCGAAGACUUCGAAUUGAAUGCCAUUUCUCCUGAUCAGUUCAAAUCCCUCAUCUUUAUUUGCGGUUUACGCUCUUCAAGUGAUUCAGACAUCCGAACCCGGCUACUAUCAAAGUUGGAAACCGACGCGGGAGACUGCAAGCUCGAAUCCUUAAUCAUCGAAUGCCAGCGCUUGCAGAACCUGAAGCAUGACACGGCCCUGGUGGAACAAAAAUCAUCGACAUCAACAUUUGUGUGCGCAGUCAAGCAACAAAGACAUCAGUCGAAACAAUCCACUCAAGAUCAGCCGAACAUCAGCAAAGCUUCAAACAUUCCAAGGACCCCGUGUUGGCAAUGUGGCGGAAUUCAUUACGUUCGUGAUUGUUCCUACACCACCCACACCUGCGAAUCCUGUGGCAAAGUCGGUCAUAAAGAAGGGUAUUGUCUUUGCUACACGGCAGCAAACCCCAACAAGAAGAAGCAAAUGAAGAAGAAGGCAACCAUCAACAGUAUUUUCACAAUCAGCCAUGUUGCCGAAUCCCGACGUAAGUUCACCAACGUUACCAUCAAUGGCAAAGUUGUUAGGUUGCAAUUCGAUACUGCAUCUGACAUCACUGUCAUUUCAAGACGUGUCUGGAACAAACUGGGAUCUCCAAAGCUUCAAUCAACUGAUCAUCAAGCAAAAUCAGCAUCCGGAAAAACACUACACAUUUCCGGUAAACUUCAGUGUCACGUUACCCUGGGAAACAUCACCAAAUUUGCGACCUGUUACGUGACAAGCCAACCGAAUCUCAACUUAAUCGGACUCGACUGGAUGGAGCUGUUCAAUCUUUGGUCUCAUCCGCUAUCAUCGAUUUGCAACCAGAUUCAAUGCCACCUCAGUGCAGAACAGUUCAAGCCCGGAGAUAAGGUGUAUGCGAAACAUCACUCAAACAACGGGGGAAGCUGA